CUGGUGUAUCCUUAUGACUUCAGGCUAACAGAGAAAGAGAAAACUAGUAUCUGCUACUUGUCCUUCCCAGACUCCUACUCAGGGGGCCUGGGGGACACCCAGUUCAGCUUCCGCCUCCGCCAGUCGGGGGGCCAGAGGAACACCCCAUUUGAGGACGAUGGGGAGUACAACAGAGAGGCACCCCUAACACUGCAGAGGGAGUCAGCUCAUUACUUCGGCUACGUGUACUUCAGGCAAGUGAAGGACAGCUCCAUGAAGAGAGGCUAUUUCCAGAAGUCCCUGGUGCUGGUGUCACGCCUCCCCUACGUCAACUUGUUCCAGUCCUUGCUGCAGCUCAUUGCUCCUGAGUACUUUGAGAAGCUGGAGCCCUGUCUGGAGGCAGUGUGCAACGAGAUCGAUCAGUGGCCACCUCCUGUGCCAGGACAGACCCUGAACCUUCCCGUGAUGGGAGUUGUCAUUCAGGUGAGAAUCCCAUCCAGGGUGGAUAAGCCAGGAUCAAGCCCAGUGAAGCAGUGCAAUCAAGAGAACCUGUUACCAGCUCCACUGGUUCUCCCCAGUAUUCAUGAACUGGAUCUCUUCAGAUGUUUCCAGCCAGUGCUCAUUCACAUCCAGAUGUUGUGGGAGCUGAUGUUACUGGGAGAGCCAAUUGUCAUAAUGGCACCAUCCCCUACAGUCUCUUCAGAAAUGGUUCUGGCACUUACCAGCUGCCUUGCUCCCCUGAGGUACUGCUGUGACUACAGGCCCUACUUCACCAUCCACGACAGUGAGUUCAAGGAGUACACCACCAGGACACAGGCCCCGCCAAACAUUGUUGUGGGAGUCACAAACCCUUUCUUCAUCAAAACUCUCCAGCACUGGCCACACAUUCUUCGGGUUGGGGAGCUCAGAAUGUCAGGAGACCUGCCCAAGCAGGUCAAGGUGAAGAAGCUGGCUAAACUAAAAACCCUAGACACAAAACCAG